CCGAACCACGAGCCAAGAUCAUGGCGUCUUCUUCACACUCCCGUUCCCGAUCCCGCUCCCCCCGCGAUGGCGCAGUGAUGAAUGCGCCGCUGCAGCCGGCAGCUGCGGCAGCGGGUGCGGCGGGGGCGCUGAACCCAGUCGGCGUGGUGGAGUUGGGCAACCCGUACGCGAUGGCUCUCAGCCUGCAGAGCCAGGCCGCUGCCGCGGCCCACGGUUUCAGAGUUGACUUCAAGUACCAUGAGGGCGACCCGUUGCCUGUGGAGCACAUCUACCCGGUUUCCCAGCACCAGCAGAAGGUGGUCGUAAGGGAGCAUGUCUACGUCGCGGCCGAGCUCCCCAUCUGGGAGCACUCGCCUCUCGGGCACGAGCUCUAUAGGAUCUGCCACGAAAGCCACUACAUCAGGAAGUACCGUUCCGUCUUAAUGUGCGCGGUCUGCGGACGAUACGUCCAGACCCGCAUGCCGACGGCGGGCAUCGAUAAUCUCAUCGGACCCUGUCCGAAAGUCCGGAACCGCUACGGCAUCCAGAACAUGGAGAACAUCAUGCACGGGUUCUUCCCGAAAUGCGGCGGUCGGUGGGCUGAUGGGCCUCCUGCGCCUGUGCCUCCGCUUCCUCCUGUGCUUCCUGCGCAAGCCGACGAAGCGGCUGCGCAGCCGGCCGUGCCUCUGCCUGCGCUUCCUGCGCCAGCCGACGAAGCGGCGGGCCCUGAGGCGGGCUCGGACGCAGCGGACGGAGGCAAUAGCUUCUACAGCGAGGGCGAUAGCGCCGAGCACGACGAUGGCAGCUAGCAGUUUGACGCUAGCAGUAGCGAGUGCGAAGUUUGAACCCAGGUUAAGAGUCAGUUGUCUUAGGAUCCCGCGCCAUUCGCAUGUGGGUAUGCUUAUGGCCGACACACUCGGCGCCA